CGUUCCCAGGGUUAGAUCGGAGGGGGUCCAACUCUUGCAGAAACACCCAUUUACCUUGAACGCGAUCGGGAAUGGUGUAAGCGUAGUGAACGGUGUGAAAACUACUGUGUGAACCCUUGUUGGAAGAAGAAGAAAUGCGAAUCGUGGUGUAAAUAGGGAGCGAUGUGUGGUUGGUGUUAUGCUUGCGAAGUCAAAUGCGCGCUUUUCAAGGAAUGCAUCGCGUCAGCGUUUCCUGGUGUCAUUCUUGUGGGCAAUUCAUAAGUGGUUGUUGAAUUUUUGGUUCAUGUGCUGUCUUGCCGUUCAGACAGUGCUGUCAUUUCGCCAUUCUCAGCUGUGCGAUAUGGCGACCGCCAGUGAGACUGAUCUGAACCUGCUUGUGCGCCAGAAGCAGCAUCACAAGAGAGCCUUCGACUGCAUUUCAAAAGCUCUCAAACAGGACGAAGAAAAUGAAGGUUGCAAGGAGACUGCCAUCGAACUGUACCGCAGGGGCAUAGAAGAACUCAACAAGGGAAUUGCCAUUGACUGUUCGCGGGGUCAAGGACCCCUAUGGGAAAGGGCGCAACGGCUCAAGGAAAAAAUGCACACCAACUUGGAGAUGGCCAAGGAUCGUCUUCAAUUUCUAGAGAGCAUGGUGAAGAUACAGCAUUUGGGAGACCACUUGCCGCUGCAUGACGGUCGACGAGUUCCGACGAGCAAAGUUCCAUCCGCAGCACCAAAGCCAGUCAGUCGAUCGCAGACUCUUCCUCGUACCCUUCAAGCCAAGAAGGGUACCUCUCCUUCACGGAAACCUGAACCCACACCGCCGUCUUCACGAAGAAGAACUCUGCAAAGUGCUCCCAGGGUGGCGCCUAAAGGCUCGCCUCAAAGGGGAGGAGCUGCACAUGCCGUGCGCACCGCACGUGUAGCGGGACUCAAGGGCGUGGAAUCGAGGCUGGCGCACAUGAUCCUCGAUGAAGUAGUCGACAGCGGCCCCGCCGUGCUGUUCUCGGACAUAGCCGGCCAAGAGGUGGCAAAGCAGGCUCUGCGGGAGAUGGUCAUCUUGCCUGCCGACAGACCGGAGCUGUUUACGGGUCUGCGCACUCCACCCAAGGGCCUGCUGCUGUUUGGUCCCCCGGGCAACGGCAAGACAAUGCUGGCCAAGGCAGUGGCCCACGAGUCGAACUCAACGUUCCUCAACAUUAGUGCCGCCUCCCUUACCUCCAAAUAUGUGGGAGAAGGAGAGAAACUGGUGAGAGCCCUGUUUGCAGUGGCCAGGGAGCUGCAGCCCAGCAUCAUCUUCAUCGAUGAGGUGGAUUCGCUGCUCAGCGAACGGAAGGAAAACGAACACGAGGCUACACGUCGGCUGAAGACGGAGUUCCUCGUAGAGUUCGAUGGGCUGCACUCUGGAAGCGAAGAACGGAUUCUAGUCAUGGGAGCCACCAAUCGACCGCGGGAGUUGGACGAUGCAGCACUUAGGAGGUUCACGAAACGGGUGUACGUCACCCUUCCGGACCAAAAUACUCGCGUCACUCUACUGGACAAGCUACUCCGGAAGCAUAAUAGUCCAUUGUCUGCGGACAAGCUGAAGUAUUUGGCCAAACUCACUGAUGGUUAUUCUGGGAGUGACUUGACUGCUUUGGCUAAGGAUGCUGCCCUAGGUCCAAUAAGAGAACUGAAACCAGACGAAGUCCGUUCUGUGGAUCCCAAGAAGAUGCGGAACAUCAGCCUGCAGGACUUCGUGGACUCGCUCAAGAAAGUGCGUCGCAGCGUGACGUCGCACAGCCUCGAGGCAUUCGAAAAAUGGAACCGUGAUUUCGGUGACGUCACCGUGUGAUUUGGACAUACUGCAGGCUGUUUCUUUUUCCCCUUGUCUGUGCCAAUACAGGCCACUCUGACAUACAAGAUGCAAAUAGUGUUAAUAGAGGUGCUUUUAGCAAAUUUUUACGUCCACUUUUAAGUCUAUUUUUAAGUUUCACGAUGAAAUAAAGAUUUUGUACGACACAAAGAA